GAAGUACGGAUUUGCCUGUGCUUGACAAAUUAUCUUGCUAGCAACUUUUAUAGUUUUUUGUUAUUCUCAGGGAAACGCAUUGCAGGACAGUUAGCUAUGGAUGCAGAGGUUAUCAGCCUGAAAGAACGACUGAUGGAGAAAGAUAAGGAGAUCGCUGCUUUAAAGGAGAAACUUGCAAAAUUACAGACGUUAACCGGGGACAGUAAUUCACUGAUUGAGGUCCAAGAGAAAGUUACAGCCUUAGCGCCUCUGAAAGCGAAGGAGACACUGUCCAACGAAGACAUCAUGCGAUACAGCAGGCAACUUCUUCUUCCUGAGUUUGGUGUGCAAGGGCAGCUGAAACUGGCCCAGACCUCAGUUCUUGUGGUAGGAUGUGGGGGAUUGGGAUGUCCUCUUGCACAGUAUCUGGCUGCUGCAGGUAUUGGGCGUCUGGGCCUGCUGGACUAUGACGAGGUGGAGCUCAGUAACCUGCACAGACAGGUACUUCAUGGGGAGGACACUAGGGGGCAGCCCAAAGCCCUGUCUGCAGCUCAGGCCGUUAGAAGACUGAAUCCGACGGUGCAGUGUGUUCCCUAUCGCUUGCAGCUCUCUCAUGAGAACGCCCUCCAGCUCAUCCAACAGUAUCCUCCUUGUUUCCCCCUCAUGUACGACAUUGUGGCGGACUGUUCGGACAACGUGCCUACUCGCUAUCUGGUGAACGAUGCCUGCGUUCUGAGCGGCAAGCCCCUGGUGUCGGCCAGCGCUCUGCGGAUGGAGGGACAGCUCACAGUGUAUAACUACCUCGGAGGACCCUGCUACAGGUGCUUGUACCCUGUACCCCCGCCCGCCGAAACAGUGACCAACUGCUCUGAUGGGGGUGUCCUGGGUGUAGUGCCAGGGAUCAUGGGCUGCCUUCAAGCUUUGGAGGUCCUGAAGAUUGCCUCCGGACAAGGGUCUUCCUGCAGGCAGCAGCUGCUGAUGCUGGACGCCCAGGAGGCCCGGUUCCGCUCGAUCCGGCUCCGGCCACAGCAGGCGGGUUGUGCCGUGUGCGGGGAGAACCCCACCGUGACAAGCCUGCAGGACUACGAGAAGUUCUGCGGCUCCGCGGCAACAGACAAGUGCCGAAGACUGUGCCUUCUCUCUAAAGAACAGAGAAUAUCUGUCCAGGAGUACAAAGAGAUUGUGGAUGGGGGUAGUCCUCACCUCCUACUGGAUGUGCGCCCCCUAGUGGAGGUCGACAUCUGCCGGUUGCCCUUUUCUCUCACCAUUCCUCUGGCCAGCUUAGAGGACAGGAAACCUGAACAUGUUAGACUGUUACAAGAGAAGAUAACAGAGACAGAACAGCAGAUGAAGGUAGAAUCCCACGUUCCAGUGUAUGUGAUCUGCAAGAUGGGCAAUGACUCCCAGAAGGCAGUCCAAGUCCUGCAGCAAAUGUCCGGUUCAGAGUUGGAGUGCAUCGCUGCCAAAGACAUCCGUGGAGGACUGAUGGCAUGGGCCCAGAAGAUCGAUCCGUCCUUCCCACAGUACUAACUCGAAUGGCUUCAAGCUUGUCUAUAUUUACAUAUUUUAGUCCAUAUUAAGGACCUACACUCUCCCAGCGGUUAGUCUUCAACCCAGUUUACUCUUACAUGUUCAACUUAGAAGUCUGGUAAUGACUGUUCAUGGACCUACAAGUUCUCUCUUGUUAGCGGUAAUCCCAGCCUUUUAACUCCAAGGUUGUUAACACGGGGAAUAUGCAAUGGAAGCUAUCUGUAUUGUUGCAUUCCUCAUACACAGUGCUGAUUUGAAAGUGCAGUCUUGUAUUGUUUGUGACAAAAUGAGUGGAUUUACCCAGGACAGUUUUUCUGCAGCAGUGCGAUACAAAAUGAAAGCAAACAUCAUGUGUACGGAGUACUCAGAUUAACAAGAUAUUUCACUUGACAAUAAAAUGGUCCAACAGUUGUUUAGCUACAAUUUCAGUCAUUGCCGUUCUGCCUCUAAUUUAUAAUUAUGGAGGUGAGGGUAUUUUCAGAGUGCCUUAUAACUUUGUAAAUUGGGAAACAUGGGUGAAUGGAAAUGUUCCUAUUCUAAAUAGCACAGUGAGGAUUGGCAAAAACAUAAAAAUAAUGAAAAGAAAAAACUGCACUACGGCACUUUCACGUACCAGUUGGUAGAGCUUCCACAAUGUGAAUGUGUAGGCAUAUCUGCUGUUUUCUUUAGUAUUUAAUCACAGAGUUUAAGCAAGGUAAACAAGAACAUAUUAAAUAUACGCAAUAUACAAGCCUUUUUGUAUUGUGUGGAGUAAGUGGAAUUGGCUAGAUAUUUUCCAUGAGAGUAUGAAGUAGCACAUUCUAAAAUGCGGCUUGAGAAAACUCGACAUCUGUACACA